AUGAAGCAAGAUGCCUCCCUAGAGCCAUUCUCUGAAACAGAGCCCAUGGAUGAAGAACUAGACCAAAACGAACAUGAAUUUGACACAGUAAUGCGAGGGCAGCCAUUGCCUUUCCGGGAUGACUCUGAUGACGGAAGCUAUGAGGGCAAUAAUCGUGGCAGAAGUCGCAUACGCUCAAACGAACUCCAGGAGUCUCAGCCUGAGCCAAUUUACUACGUAGUCGACCGAGGUCUUGACCUGCCACCUGGGGUUGAGCGUCCCAAUCUAUUUGAAGGGCACGCCAAUUCGUGGAGGAACUAUAACGCCGACGAUAUUGGAGCCUAUAAUGCAAUGAUUACCCACCGAACCAGAGAUUUGGCAGCUCACCUUUACAACGCCCACGUGAUUCGCAGGCGAGCGCGGGACACUGCCCGGAAGAACCCUGGGGUCAUUGACAAAGCGCCACUGCGUGUGAACAAGCGAUGGGCUGCAUGGCCUGUUCAUGCGUCCACAGUUCCCCGCUCCAGUGAGAUUAUCCAGAGGAGAGCGGAUGCCCCUGAUAUUUUCCAAAUGGAACCUGAUCCCCGACCCAGUGCGGAAUUGGAGGAAUGCAUUACAGCGUUCAUAUUGAAGACUUCCAAGGAGACCUUCCAAGCCCGAGAGUUGGAUUUUGAAGAAAUCGCAGAUAAUCCCCGGGAUAAGUUGGACGACGGGGAUGAGCUGAUGGACGAUGAAUUGGGGAAAAAGGAGGAGGAAGAUGAAGAAGUGCCAGUCGAUACUAGAAUCCUGCGACCAAUAGCCCUGCUUGAUGACGAGAAAUCACUGCGCCAAUUACGACCACUGGCCCGCAAUGUGAUCUCACAAGUAGACAGUCUGCUAUACGGGCUCCAUUGCGCCACGAAGGGUCGCAAAUUCGAGGAAGACUCUGGUGACGAGCAAUGGAGUGAUUCGGACGAAGAAGACCAUGAGACUCUCGAGAGCCCUAAUCGCAGGAGCAGAAGUCGAUCGCGUGGUCGGAGAAGUGCUCGACAGGAGUCUCAGGAGCGGGGCUUGUCACGUCGUUCCAACAGUGCACGCAUGUCCAUUGGACCGGACAGGGAAGAUGGGAACUUACCAGAAGUUUCCCAAACCCGAGCGCAAUCUCGCGACUCCUCUGCUGGUCAAGAUAUCAAUCAACACGCCAAGGACCGAUUCAAACUGCGAGACUGGAGUGAAGUCAUAGGACUUGCAUCAAUGAUGGGCCUGCCCACUCCCGCAGUACUGCGCGCAUCAAAGCGAUGCGCCGAUCUUUUCGGCGAAGACAUGGAAUUUAGAAGAAUGCCGGAAGGCAGGGUAAAAAAGAGGAGCAAGACAGGUGCUGAAGAAGAAUAUGCCUACACCGACAGCGAGAGUGAGAUCGACUCGGCGCCGCUGAGUCCUCAGCCAAUCCUUCCGCCAAAUCCCCGAACAAGUCGCAGCCGGCUUAUCAUACCUGAGCUUGAACCCCGGCCCACGGCGAAGAAGACACCCAAAGCUAAAGCGGUGUUAUCUAAGUCUAAAGCGAAGAUCCCUAAAUCUAAACCGAAGACAACAAGCCGGCGAAGCUCGAAGAUACACAAGACUCCUCGAAUCGUUCCUCCCUCCUCAUCCCCGUCCCCAGCCCCAGAGGAGCUACCAGAACCAGUGCCAGAACCUACUGUACAGGACACAGAAGAAGCCGUGGAACAGGAGCCAAAGACGGCUAAACCAGCCGCUGGAAAGGGUGCUCAUCGGAAAGUGGAUAUUGUCUGCCCUUUCAGGGCAUGCACUCGACAUACGAAUGGGUUCUCGCGAAAGUGGAACCUGCACCAACAUAUGAAAACCACCCAUGGCAUACAUGUUGCUCCUGGGAAUGAAGCCUCGACUGAACCUGAUGAUCCGGUUAUCAUAAUCGAAUAG